AUGGAAAAGAUGAAUUUUAUGUUAAGCUUAACUCAGGAAAGUGAUUCUGUCUGCAUUAGUGAGCUCCGUAUGGAUAGAGCAACUUUUAGGGUGUUAUGCGAUAUGGUAAGGGACAUCGGUGGUUUAAAACCUACUAGAAACACAUCCAUAGAAGAGGUAGUAGCAAUGUUCUUGUAUACUUUGGCUCACCACAAAAAGAGUAGGACAAUUGGAUAUCUUUUAUUACGCAGUAGAGAGACAGUGAGUCAGCAAUUUCGUCAAGUUCUUUUAUCAAUAUUGAGAUUACAUCAUAUAUUGCUAAAGAAACUCGCCCCUAUUACCCAAGAUUGUCAAGAUGCAAAAUGGAAAUGUUUUCAGGGUUGUUUAGGAGCUUUGGAUGGAACUUUAAUUAAAGUGACACCUCCUAGUGACGAGAAGCCUCGAUACCGCACAAGAAAGGGUUGCAUCUCAACUAAUGUUUUAGGUGUUUGUUGUCCGAACAUGCAUUUUAUAUAUGUUUUGCCUGGUUGGGAAGGUUCAGCUAAUGAUGGUCGUGUGCUUCGAGAUGCAAUCUCAAGGAACCAAGGUCUACGAGUCCCUCGCGAUUGUUAUUAUUUAGUUGAUUCUGGUUAUUGCAAUGCAAAUGGUUUUCUUGCUCCAUAUCGAGGGCAACGAUAUCAUUUAAAGGAGUUUGAUGGUCAUCGACGUGAGACUCCUCAGGAAUAUUUCAACAUGAAACAUGCUAAAGCAAGGAAUGUGAUUGAGAGAUGUUUUGGAUUGUUAAAAGGAAGAUGGAAGAUCCUUUCAUCCCCUUCAUUCUUCUCAAUCCAAACUCAAGUUCGAAUCAUUAUGGCAUGCUGUUUGUUUUAUAACUUGAUUCGUAAAUAUAUGAGCCAUGAUCCUCAAGAAGAUGAAGAGGAAGAAGAAGAAGAAGAAUCAGAAAGUGAGGACGAAAGUGAAGAUGGGGAAUAUGUUACCAACAUUUGUCCAAGUGAUGAAUGGUCGGAAUUUAGAAAUAAUAUGUCAUCCAAUAUGUUCAAUGCAUGGAGAAAUAGAUAG